AGCGGCACUCUAGGCCGAGCGGGAGGUCUGUGCUGCGGUCUCUCGCUGGUGGCGGACCCGGAGGCUGCUGCGGCGCCGGGGUUCAGUGGUCUGGGUCGAAUCCAAUCGGGAGUUAUGAGCGUGGACAAGGCCAAGCUAUGUGGGUCUCUGCUCACCUGGUUGCAGACGUUCCACGUUUCACCCCCCUGUGCCAGCCCACAGGACCUGAGCAGCGGCCUUGCCAUAGCCUAUGUGCUGAACCAGAUAGACCCCUCCUGGUUCAAUGAAGCAUGGCUCCAGGGCAUCUCAGACGACCCAGGUCCCAACUGGAAGCUGAAGAUAAACAAUCUGAAGAUGAUCUUACACAGCUUGCUGGAAUACUCCCAAGAUAUCCUGGUGCAUCCUGUGUCAGAAGAGCACCUCCCAGAUGUAAGCCUCAUUGGUGAAUUCUCAGACCCUGCUGAGCUUGGCAAGCUGCUUCAGCUGGUGCUGGGCUGUGCCAUCAGCUGCGAGAAAAAGCAGGAGCACAUCCAGAGGAUCAUGACACUGGAGGAAUCGGUUCAGCACAUGGUGAUGGAAGCCAUCCAAGAGCUCAUGACCAAAGACACUCCUGACUCCCUGUUGCCAGAGACAUAUGGCAACUUUGAUAACCAGUCACGCAGGUACUAUUUUCUAAGUGAGGAGGCAGAGGAAGGGGAUGAACUUCAGCAGCGCUGUCUAGACCUGGAGCGGCAGCUUGUGCUCUUGUCAGAGGAGAAGCAGAGCCUGGUGCAGGAGAACACAGCACUGCGGGAACGGGUGGGCCAGCCUGAGGGUGAGGGUGCUGCUGGCCUCACUGCCAAGAAGCUGCUGCUGCUGCAGUCUCAGGUGGAACAGUUGCAGGAGGAGAACUUCAGGCUAGAGAGUGGCCGAGAGGAUGAGCAUCUGCACUGUGUGGAGCUGGAGCGGGAGGUCACAGAGCUGCAGCAGCAGAACCAGGCACUUACCAGCCUGGCCCAGGAGGCACAGGCCCUGAAGGAUGAGAUGGAUGAGUUGCGGCAGUCCUCAGAGCGCGCUGGGCAGUUGGAGGCCACGCUGACCAGUUGCCAGCGCCGCUUGGGAGAGCUGAGGGAGCUACGGCGGCAGGUGCGGCAGCUAGAGGAGCGCAACGCCAGCCACGCAGAGCGUACACAGCAGCUGAAGAACGAACUGCGCAGGGCCGGGUCCCUGCGCGCCCAGCUAGAAGCACAGCGACUACAGGUGCAGGAACUACAGGGCCAGUGGCAAGAAGAGGCCAUGAAGGCAGAGAAAUGGUUAUUUGAGUGUCGCAACCUGGAGGAAAAGUAUGAGUUGGUGGCAAAGGAAAAGGAGCGGCUGUUGGCGGAACGGGACUCCCUGCGGGAGGCCAAUGAAGAACUGCGCUGUGCCCAGCUGCAGCCACGGGGCUUGAUCCAGACUGACCCCUCACAGGCUCCCACCUCACCUGCUGUGGAGACCUUAGCAGCGGAGAUCCUGCCAGCAGAACUCAGCAGGGAUACUCUCUUGAGGCUGGAGUCGGAGAACAAGCGGCUGUGCCGGCAGGAAGCAGCCGACCGCGAGCGGCAGGAAGAGCUGCAGCGCCACCUAGAGGAGGCCAACCGCGCGCGCCAUGUGCUGGAGACGCAACACCGGCUGAACCAGCAGCAGCUGUCGGAGCUGCGGGCCCAGGUGGAGGACCUGCAGAAAGCCCUGCAGGAGCAGGGGGGCAAGACAGAGGACCCCACCCUGCUGAAGAGGAAGCUGGAGGAACACCUGCAGAAGCUACAUGAGGCAGAUGUGGAGCUGCAGAGGAAGCGUGAGUACAUUGAAGAACUGGAGCCAUCAACUGACAGCAGCACAGCCCAGCGGAUUGAGCAGCUACAGCACAGCCUGCAGAAGAAGGAAGCUGACUUGAAGGCCAUGGAGGAGAGGUACCGCCACUACGUGGACAGGGCACGCACGGUCAUACAGACCAUGGAACCCAAGCAGCAGCUACCCCAAGGAGCACCCCUGGAACUCCAAUCCCUGAGGACACAGCUUCGAGAGCGAGACAUUCAAAUCCGACACCUGGAGAUGGACUUUGAGAAAAAUCGAAGUCAGCGGGAACAGGAAGAAAAGCUGCUCAUUAGUGCAUGGUAUAAUAUGGGCAUGGCCUUGCAGCAGCAAGAUGGUGAAGAGCGGGCACCUUCCCAUGCCCAGUCAUUCUUGGCACAGCAGCGGCUAGCCACCAAUGCUCGCCGUGGACCCUUAGGACGCCUGGCAUCUCCGAACCUUCGCUUCAUUGACAAGCACUGACAGACCUCAUGAUCAUGCUGCCUUCCCCAGCCAGCCAGGGCUUCAUUCACCUGGACUCUUCCAAGUCACAUGACAUCCAGUUUUAGGUCUCAGCCAGCUGCUUAAAAGCCUUGAAGUCAUGACCUCUGCCCUUUGCUCUCCCAGAUUUGGGAGUGGGAAGGAUAGGUGGCAGGUAUAGGCCUGUUCUUAUAACAAUGUGAUUCUUAUCCUUAAUUCUCUCCCUGGAGUUAAUGGGCUACCAGGGGAGAGUCUGAUUUUAUAUUUGAGAAGAUCAAAAAGACUUAACAAUCU